AUGACAGCAGAGGUUAUUACAAUGGAGAUAAACGGGAAGGAGUUAUGGGACUCCCUGAGUGUUUUUGAAGGUCUUCGUUUCUCUCCCAAAUUCAGGCUUGCUAUUAGAACCAGCGAAUCAGAAAUAGAGCUACUUCAAGAUCAGUAUAAGGAUGCAGCAGAAAUGUUUAAUCGUUCUUCAAAGGCAGGAGAAGCGUUUGCUGAUGCACUUAAAGGUGUUGGUCGGUGUCUGAGUAACUUAGCAACUCCGAGUUCCAGCUUUGGACUCAACGUUGAAUGCGAAGAAGAAAUUCAACACAUGAUCCGUACAAUUGACGCCUUCUCCGAACUCAUUGCAAUUUUUUCUGCUCGUCUGUUACAGCCAGGUAACGUUUUUCUGCAGGCGGGAAUGGGACUGUGUGAGUCGCAGCAAACUCGCAAGGAAUUUUACCGCGCCUGUGAUCAGGUCGACGCAGCUAUAAACAAAGCCGCCUCUGUCCCUCGCAGCCGUGCCUCGGAUGCCGAGGAGGCCGAUUCCACGCUUCUGGAUGCUCGUGCCACAUUUGCACGUGUUUUAGAAGGCUAUCUCUUGGGUCUGCGAACUGCGCUCGGUCCAGUGAGAUUAUCCACUGUGUCAAAAGCCACCCUAACCACAUAUGAGAUUCAGAAAAGCCAUUGCGAUUGCAUGACAUCGCUCUAUCAAACCGAUGGGUGUGUUUCAACACUGCAAAACUACAUCGCUCUUUACGAAGAGGAGGCUUCUCAUAAACCAAAGACUACUACAAAUGGUCAAUCGUCGUCUCCUGUCUCAGAUCAAAACAUCCGUUACGAGGGUCACUUGUUUAAAAGAAGUAAAAAAAAGCGUUGGCGGACGUGGGUCCGACGGUGGUUUAUGGUAUCAGAUAAUCGUCUAGUUUACCUUUCUUCCCUAUCCGAAUCCUCAACCACCCUGAAAUGGAAGGUACUCGAAUCCGAUUUGCGACUUUGCACAGCAAAAGUAUCUGCGUCUACAUUUAGUUCUGGUGAUCCUAUGAUGGUGUCCUCUUCAAUGAAUAAUGUAACAGAAAGGCGCUUUGUGUUUCAAUUGAUAUCGAUGACGGGAAAGAUUCAUUACCUACAAGCAGAAUCGGCUGAAGCAAUGGAAAAGUGGGUCACAGUGCUUCGUUCGGGUCUACUCAAUUGCUCAACAGCAGAUGGAGAGAGUCGGUUGCCCCGAAUGUUAGAUAUGGUGACUGCUCCAUCAACGAUUGUUUCAAGAAACAGUUUGAGGAGCCUGGGUGGUGUUUCGCUGCUUGAUGAACCACAGACUGCCGGUAACCGUUCGUGCGCUGAUUGUCUGACUAAUACUGACGUGAUCUGGGCCUCUACUAACUUGGGUGUUACUCUGUGCACCGACUGCGCUGCCUGUCAUAGAAGCGUUGGAGUUCAUGUAUCUAAGGUUCGAUCUUUGGUUCUUGAUAACUGGGAACCAGAAUUACUUGAAUUGAUGCAUAACCUCGGUAAUAACUUAGUUUCAAGUGUCUAUGAGUCCGACCUCCACUCUUCAUCCUCAUCGCCUACAAUACAUAGACCGCAGCCGGGUGAGGUGAAUUCACACUUAAGGAAGACCUGGAUAGAGGCCAAGUGGGUGCGUCGGGUCUUUGUGCGGUCCUUCGUCCAUCCGACGGCCAAUAAUUGGCUUCUCGAGCUCUACCGCGCAUGGUUGACCCAAACCCACUCAAGACGUGUAUCCCGCACACCUGAUUCACCCUCUUCACACAAGCCUGUUGUGUCGAAGACUAUUAGGGCACAUCACCCAAGACCUAUCGACCGACGACGUGUUGCCGCCGUUUCUCGAGGCUCAACGGCGCGUGCUCAAGUCAUUUUGGAUGCACUACAUGCUCACCUGGACUCUCUAAUGCUUAACGAAACCCAAUCGUUGAAGGUGGGGGAGGUGGCCGAUUGCCGAGAAGAGGUAGCGGCGCGACUAGUCUUGGUCGCUGGAGCACGUCUUGGCUGUGCUCCUUUUAUUCUUGCCGGUCUUGCCCGCGGCGCCUCUCCCAACGCCCUUCUCCGCGCCGCCGACUGGACUCACACUUAUCGAUUGCCUUUUCCUACCGACGGAGAUCCCCUUGGGGCACAAACACCGCCGCUCAUUUUUGCCGUGAAUGGAGGUCGUAUCGCCGCUUGCGAGCUUCUUCUUACCAAUGGAGCAGAUAUAAAUGCACCAGAUCGGAACGGUCGAACGGCGUUGCACCACGCAUGUAGCCUCCAGCGUGUUCACGUUGUUUGUCUGCUGCUGCGUCGACAGGCGAAUCAGGAUAUUAAAGACAAGUUCGGUCGACUCCCUAUUGAUGUGGCCCUGGACACCGCCAACGCAGAUAUCGUCACGCUGUUACGGUUGCAACACCUUAACAGCAACUCCAAGAUUGCGGAUGGUACUUCGUUGGAAGGUUACUACCGGAUUGCACGCAACUACAAGUGGUCUCUAAGUCAAGUCCUGGAUGAGCGCAACUACGAACUGGUUAUAGUUAUGGAAGAUGACUUGGACGUGGCACCUGACUUCUUCGACUAUUUUUACGCCUUUGUUCUUUUGCUGCUGUCAGAUCGAUCCCUUUACUGCAUUUCGGCGUGGAACGAUAACGGUCGCCCCACCCUUAUUGACAAAUCGCGGACUGACCUCCUUUACAGGAGCGAUUUUUUUCCCGGUCUCGGUUGGAUGCUCACUCGUCGACUGUGGCAGGAAGAGUUGCGCGACUCCUGGCCAGCGGCCUUCUGGGAUGACUUUAUGCGCACAAAGGAAGUACGUCGUGGCCGUGCCUGCAUCCGUCCUGAAGUAUCACGUACAUACACAUUUGGUCGAAGUGGUGUCUCCAAUGGACAAUUCUACGACACCUACUUGCGAUUUAAUUAUUUGAAUGACAAGCCAACUGUGCUCAAUUCCACACACCUUUACUACAAUCUUCAACCCAGUGUCUAUGACUCUCGGUUUCUUUCUGAUGUCUACGACAAAUCUGUUCUUCUACGGAACCCUGCACAGCUGUUGCGACUACCGUCCACCUUACCCCAAAGUGUUGAGUUCCGCUUAGAGUAUCAUACGCAGCAGGAUUUUGUAUCUGCCGCGCAGUUGAUAGGCGCGAUGCAUGACUUUAAAUCAGGUAUCCCGCGAACAGCCUACAAAGGCGUCGUUUCAGUAUUUUACCGGGGCAGACGCAUUUAUCUGGCACCGUCAGGUGUACGUGGAUGGGCUAACAACGAAUAUCCAAACUGGGAAUGA